AUGUCGGCGUCUGCUAUUUUCAUCCUGGACCUUAAAGGCAAGGUAAGCUGAGACUUGACAGUCUACGUGGGACUGGCGGAUAAGUUUAUAGCUUGACAUCGAUCAAUCUCGCGUUGCCGUUCCCGUUUUAGGGAAGCCUGGUUCAUGACGAGGCUAGGCAUCGAUCAACAGCGUUGAGCGCAGCCUGCAUCUACCAGUGUGGUGAAGAAAUCCAUGCUUAAAAGCGCACAUAAGAAAACGAAAGAUAGCGGAAGGGCAGGCUAUAGUAAAAUGACGUAAAUAUUAAAAGAUAAAACAAGUAUAACUAAAUGUAUUUAUUUCUCUGAAUUCGCCACUAGCUAUGUUUCCAAUAGCUUGUCCAGUGAUUUUUUUUGUCGACAUUUAGAAAGUUCUCAUAGAAAAUAGAUGCUACAAUUGUCUGCUAAGGUGUUUCAAUUGAACUCUCUUGUGUCGAUGAAAACAGCUGGACGUAAUAACGUCACCUCGGUAAGACCUAGUGUCGACAAAAAAAUAAUGUAGUGGUUGAAGUGUUUCCAUUACUCAUUUAGGCAAAUUGCGCAUUAAUAAAUUGGCGACAGCCUAUAUGCCCUCCCUAUACGUUUAAUGUCUCAGGUAGCCCGCGAAAGCCAGAAUGGAUAGAAUGCAGUAAUUGACCGUGGUGAAAGUUGCACUCCUUUAGAUCUGAAAUAAUUGGAUGGUGAAACUUGCCAGCCAACCAGAAAAGCGAGGUGUAGCAAUUCAGACAUUCUUGAAAGACAGGACAAUCCUUGUCCUGCAAAUAAAUGUUUGUUGUUGAAACAAAAUAUUUAGCAAGCAGUAGGAAUUUAGAAUUAAAUGUGGAGUGGAGCUUAUAAAACACUGAACAAAAAUAUAAACGCAACAUGCAACAAUUGCAAAGAUUUUACUGAGUUACAGUUCAUAUAAGGAAAUCAGUCAAUUGAAAUAAAUGAAUGAGGCCCUAAUCUAUGGAUUUCACAUGACUGAGAAUACAGAUAUGCAUCUGUUGGUCAGAAAACGUGGAUCAGAAAACCAGUCUGUAUCUGGUGUGACCACCAUUUGCUUCAUGCAGCGUGACACAUCUCCUUUGCAUAUAGUUGAUCAGGCUGUUGAUUGUGGCUUGUGGAAUGUUGUCCCACUCCUCUUCAAUGGCUGUGCGAAGUUGCUGGAUAUUGGUGGGAACUGGAACAUGCUGUCGUACACGUCGAUCUACAGCGUCCCAAACAUGCUCAAUGGGUGACAUGUCUGGUGAGUAUGCAGGCCAUGGAAGAACUGGGACAUUUUCAGCGUCCAGGAAUUGUGUACAGAUCCUUGCGACAUGGGGCAGUGCAUUAUCAUGCUGAAACAUGAGGUGUUGGCACGACAAUGGACCUCAGGGUUUCAUCACCAUAUUUCUGUGCAUUCAAAUUUCCAUCUAUAAAAUGCAAUUGUGUCCGUUGUCCGGAGCUAAUGCCUGCCCAUACCAUAACCCCACCGCCACCAUGGGGCACUCUGUUCACAACGUUGACAUCAGUAAACCGCUCGCCCACAACAUACACAUUGUCUGCCAUCUGCCUGGUACAGUUGAAACUGGGAUUCAUCCGUGAAGAGCACACUUCUCCAGCGUGCCAGUGGGCAUCGAAGGUAAGCAUUUACCCACUGAAGUCGGUUACGACGCCAAACUGCAGUCAGGUCAAGACCCUGGUGAGGAUGACGUGCACGCAGAUGAGCUUCCCUGAGAAAGUUUGUGCAGAAAUUCUUCGGUUGUGCAAACCCACAGUUUCAUCAGCUGUCCAGGUGGCUGGUCUCAGAUGAUCCCGGAUGUGGAGGUCCUGUGCUGGACUGCUGGUCACACGUGGUUUGCGGUUGUGAGGCCAGUUGGACGUACUGCCAAAUUCUCUAAAACAACGUUAUGGUAGGAGAAAUGCUCAUUAACAGGGACGUAAACAAAUUUGUGAACAACAUUUCAGAGAAAUAAGCUUUUUGUGCGUAUGGAAAAUUAUUAUAUUUUAUUUCAGCUCAUGAAACAUGGGACCAACACUUUACAUGUUGCGUUUAUAUUUUUGUUCAGUAUAUAUUGAGCUAUAGUAAACAGACUCAGGGCUCUAUUUUAAUAAACCUAAUGUAAUGGUCAAUCUAAGCGCAGGCGGUAGCACUAUAGGUUCAGGGGUGUGUUAAAAAUAUUUUUGCUAUUUUCACUAUCACAAUUAUCUUGCUGGCCUUGGAGUGAAGGGGCUGGGUUUUGUUGAAUAAACAAGUUGUGGGUGUGUCGAGGCUUGGCCCCUCACUGGCCAAUCAGAACGUGCUCCAUGGCGAAAUAUGGGGUUGCUUCAGGUUGUGUAUUUACGGUCUUUUAUGUAUUGCCUUGGAAUCAACUCCAAUUUCAAUGUUAGUCCGUUACAGUUUGUUAAAUGGCUUACAGAAACAAAAUAAGAAAAUGUAAACCUAUCUUUGCUAAAUACGUUAACUUUGCAGUCCACAUUGUUCUAAGUAAUUGCAUGGCUUCAAUAGCAUUCACACUGAUACAGGGGCUAGGCCUACUGUAAAUUGCAUUAUGGCUGAGCAUGGACAUGCCAAACAUUGUCAAUAUGCAAGAUUAAAUUCAUUAUUAAUAAGGCCUAAAAAGAGAACAAAUAAUUCUAAUAAAAUUCUAACCAAACCAAUACAACUUGUUUUAAAUAGGCUACAGUGAGGGAAAAACGUAUUUGAUCCCCUGCUGAUUUUGUACAUUUGCCCACUGACAAAGAAAUGAUCAGUUUAUAAUUUUAAUGGUAGGUUUAUUUGAACAGUGAGAGACAGAAUAACAACAACAAAAUCCAGAAAAAUGCAUGUCAAAAAUGUUAUAAAUUGAUUUGCAUUUUAAUGAGGGAAAUAAGUAUUUGACCCCCUCUCAAUCAGAAAGAUUUCUGGCUCCCAGGUGUCUUUUAUACAGGUAACGAGCUGAGAUCAGGAGCACACUCUUAAAGGGAGUGCUCCUAAUCUCAGCUUGUUACCUGUAUAAAAGACACCUGUCCACAGAAGCAAUCAAUCAGAUUCCAAACUCUCCACCAUGGCCAAGACCAAAGAGCUCUCCAAGGAUGUCAGGGACAAGAUUGCAGACCUACACAAGGCUGGAAUGGGCUACAAGACCAUCGCCAAGCAGCUUGGUAAGAAGGUGACAACAGUUGGUGCGAUUAUUUGCAAAUGGAAGAAACACAAAAUAACUGUCAAUCUCCCUCAGCCUGGGGCAAGAUCUCACCUCGUGGCAUUGCAAUGAUCAUGAGAACGGUGAGGAAUCAACUGAGAACUACACGGGAGGAUCUUGUCAAUGAUCUCGAGGCAGCUGGGACCAUAGUCACCCAAAAAACGAUUGGUAACACACUACGCCGUGAAGGACUGAAAUCCUGCAGCGCCCGCAAGGCCUCGAAACCUUAAUGACUUGGAGAAGAUCUGCAAAGAGGAGUGGAACAAAAUCCCUCCUGAGAUGGGUGCAAACCUGGUGGCCAAAUACAAGAAACGUCUGACCUCUGUGAUUGCCAACAAGGGUUUUGCCACCAAGUACGAAGUCAUGUUUUGCAGAGGGGUCAAAUAAUUAUUUCCCUCAAUAAAAUGCAAAAUCAAUUUAUAACAUUUUUUACAUGCGUUUUUCUGGAUUUUUGUUGUUGUUAUUCUGUCUCUCACUGUUCAAAUAAACCUACCAUUAAAAUUAUAGACUGAUCAUGUCUUUGUCAGUGGGCAAACGUACAAAAUCAGCAGGGGAUCAAAUACUUUUUUCCCUCACUGUAUGUCACACUUACACGCACCACAAUUUCUCCCCGUGGGCAUAUAAUAUUAUAACAACGCAGACUAUGGAGGGUUUUACGCAUAUCCAAACUUUUCACAGUAGCUGGAAAAAAGAUCCAAUAUAAAGAGAAAGGGAGAAUGUCUACACCGUUAUACUGCUCCCAAAUAGGCCUAUGUUUUAUGAACAUAAUCGUAACCAGUUUACAGAUCAGAUCGCAUUCACACAUCUCCAGAAGUUGCUGUCACGACUUCCGCCGAGGCUGCCUCCCCUCCUUGUUCGGGCAGGUUUCGGCGUUCGUCGUCACCGGCUUACUAGCUGCUGCCGAUCCAUUUAUCAUCACUCCACUUGUCUUGUCUAAUUAAUCACACACACCUGGUCCUUAUCCCCAAUUAGUCAUUGUAUAAGUGUUCCCUCUGUUUCCUUGUCUGUGUGGGUGAUUGUUUGUAGUGAGCUGUGUUGAGCUACCCUUACCUUGUUGUUGCCAGGGUAGAUAUUUCCCCUGUGCCUGAGUGUUGUUGUCGCAUGCUUGCGCAACUGUUUAUCGACGGAAUAAACUCUUUGGAUGCGUAUUACUCUCCUGCGCCUGACUCCUUCUAUCACACGCAUCACAGUUGCAUUACAAGCGCCACGGAUGUUGUAACGUUGACCCUGCUGAGGAUGACGUGCACGUAGAUGAGCUUCCCUGAGACGGUUUCUGACAGUUUGUGCAGAAAUCCUUCGGUUGUGCAAACCCACAGUUUCAUCAGCUGCCCGGUAGGCUGGUCUCAGACGAUCCCGCAGGUGAAGAAGCCGGAUGUAGAUGUCCUGGGCUGGUGUGGUUACACGUGGUCUGCAGUUGUGAGGCCGGUUGGAAGUACUGCCAAAUUCUCUAAAACGACGUUAUGGUAGAGAAAUAAACAUUACAUUCUCUGGCAACAACUCUGGUAAACAUUCCUGCAGUCAGCAUGCCAAUUGCAUGCUCCCUCAAAACUUGAGACAUCUGUGGCAUUAUGUUGUGUGACAAAACUGCACAUUUUAGAGUGGCCUUUUAUUGUCCCCAGCACAAGGUGCACUUGUGUAAUGUUCAUGCUGUUUAAUCAGCCUCUUGAUAUGCCACACCUGUCAGGUGGAUGGAUUAUCACGGAGAAGGAGAAAUGCUCACUAACAGGGAUGUAAACAAAUUUGUGCAUCAAAUUUCAGAGCAAUAAGCAUUUUGUGUGUGUGGAAAAUUUCUGGGAUCUUUCAUUUCAGUUCAUGAAACAUGCAACCAACACUUUACAUGUUGCGUUUAUAUUUUUGUUCAGUGAUUACAUCACUUGUCCCGCAUUCAAAAGUAUUUGGCAAUCAUUUAUUCGAAAAAACACAGUUUCCACCAUCAUUUAUCGCAAUAAAGAUAGUUAGAAAAAACUAAAAUCCACCCCAUUUCGAAGCUAUACAUAUUUUUGUAGAUCAUUAGAAAAUGUUGCGAAUAAACCUGGGAAACCUGACUAGUGUCAUACCACAGUAGGUAUUCACAUCAUAGGUAUUCCACUUUGUGAUCGGCUCAAUUUUCUAUUUCACUUUUGUUGCCACAGAAAUAGCAAUCUACUCCAGCGAUCUCUAGCACAUUAGAGGCUGCUGCUGCCUAUUGAAAUCACUGGCCACUUUAAGAAAUGGAACACUAGUCACUUUAAUAAUGUUUACAUAUCAGCAUUACUCAUCUCAUAUGUAUAUACAGUAUUCUAUACUAUUCUACUGUAUCUUAGUCCAUGCCGCUCUGUCAUUGCUCGUCCAUAUAUGUAUAUAUUCUUAAUUCCAUUACUUACUUAGAUUUGUGUGUAUUGGGUAUAUGUUGUGAAAUUGUUAGAUAUUACUUGUUAGAUAUUACUGCACUGUCGGAGCUAGAAGCACAAGCAUUUCGCUACACCCGCAAUAACAUCUGCUAAACACGUGUAUGUGACAAAUAACAUUUGAUUUGAACCCGAGAUGGUUUAUAUGUACAUCUUCUAAAAGUGAAAAUAAUUUAUUGCCAAAUUAUAGCGUAUUUACAUACAACAAUUCCCAGCAGACGAUGGGCCGUAGUAGGGCAGGUUACAGUGUAGCCUGGUGGAGCAGGGGAGCAAUCAUUUGGCAGAAAAUUAGACUUUCUAUUGGACAAAUGUAGGUAGGUCCCUCCCCGUUUUAAUUUUGAUCUUUUUGGUUCCUAGUGAUUACAUCCCUGGGGUGUAUUCAUUACACCAAACUUGUUGCAAAACAUUUCAGUUUUGCAAUGAAAACUAGUUUCAAUUGGAACAAUUCUGGUAGGUCACCUCCCCGUUUCGUUCCAUUUGGUUCUUCAAUAGUAAACGGUUUCGGUUGCAAGACCUAAUGAAUAUGGCUCUGGUGUUGUGAAUAGAAACAUUCCUGGUCAAACCUGUUCUGCAACACCAAAGUGCAGCAUACCUAUUCAGUAUUAGGCUUUACCUGCCAGACAGUCUUUUCUCUUGUUCUGGUCAGGCAAAUAUUUCUCCCAUGUCUUAUUAGGCAACUUUAUAAACAUACUGUAAGUCUAACUGUGUAGUUGACUAACAGAUAACAACAAUAUAUCAUUAAGUUAAGGUGCAAUAAUAUCCUACAUUAAUUGGCUUAUUCAUGGGGAGUUGUUUGCAUACAAACAAACUAUAAUAAAAGUCUGGAGUACCCGGUCAGACACACUAUUGGCUAAUCAAGCCAACUCAGACAGCAGGGCUGCGUUCUGUACGUUUUUGUGUUCUGGAACAUUCAAUUGAACGGAAACGGUUGGGUUGUGGGACGCUGUCAGCAUGGCCACUUCCCUUUUAAAUAAGUCACUCAUUGCUUCAAGCCACACCCACCAAACGGGAGCAAACCCACCGCAGUUUGUUCAAGACUUACAAUAACGUUUUGGGGAAACAUGUCGUUCAGUACGAACCGUUCCACAACGUAGCAAACGUUCAGACGAACUGAACGCACCUCAGACUAUAGUCUAAUCACGGCAAACCUGACAUUCCUUAUUUGUAUGGUAGUGUUAAUAUUGUUGAGAAGGAGAGAAAUGCCACCAGUGCCUGAAGGUGUCAGGGGGAUAGAUUACUCUCUCAUAGGCCCCUGCCUACAUCCCUGAUAGUGCUGAUUUAAAGCCUUUCUCCACUCUCUGCCCUGGGAGCAAUCCAAUACCUCUGACCCAGGCUGGGCUGUACUGGAGGCCACAGCUGCUCCCUGGCUGGAGGCCACAGCUGCUCCCUGGCUGGAGGGCAAACAGACAUGCUUCCAAAGUAGCUGUUUCACUGGUUGUCUGUCUCUUGGAGACUAGUGUGGCAGUAUACAGGCAGUCUAUCAACACACUGGUUGUUUGUAGUAGUGAGAUGUUAUGAAUGUAGCUUUAUGCUAUACUGUUAAAGUUUCACAAUGUCUGUCUUUGAAAUAUAAUGUUAUGCUGAUAAAUGGCUGCUUUGUUUUGUACUCUGACUACACUCGAAACUUAAAUAAAGAAUGGCCACCAGCACACUGAUGAAUGCUCCCCAGCUCUUUUAUUGAGCAAAUUAAACAGCGGGAGCAUUUCAGGGUGCAGUGUAUUCUUUACUUUGUAUGCCUUGCACCUGCAAUUCUGGAUGAGUGUACACUACUUUUAAAGUACAAGUUUGCUGUCUCUAUAUGUGGAUCUACACACCAUGAUGGAUAUAUACUGUAGCUUGUCAUGUAACAUGAUCAUAUAGAUAGCCUGACAUGUUGGCAUGUGCUUUCAGGAUUAAGUAUUUAGUUGCCAUGUGUGCUUGAUUGCCAUGUGUGCUUGAUUGUCAAACCAUGUCCUUCUCAGAGGUAAAGGUCAAUUAUUUUGGAGACCCUCUGGUAGCUUGAUAGAUUCUCCAUAGUUGUUCACCUCCAAAUUACUGAGCUCGCUUCCCCAAAUGGCACCCUAUUCCUUAUGUAGUGCACAACUUUUGACUCUGGUCAAAAGGAAUAAGGUGUAGGGUGCCAUUUGAGACUGACCCUGUGCGAUCUCUAGUUUGUUUAUCUUAACUGAGAUGUGCCAUCGGCCUCUAGAGGUCAUACAGACGGUAGUUAAUAUUGAUUGUAAACAAUGCCUCUUUAACAAUGACCAGUAUGGAGGACUAAAAGUGCCACAAUUAAAUAAAUAAAUACACCAUUAAAUAAUUACUUAAAUGUGUCAUUAAUUAAUUAAAAUUAGAAUUAAAUACAUAAAUGUGUAAUUAAAUGUAUCAUUAAUUAAUUCAAAUACCGAUUCAUUUUAUGUAAAAUACAUAUAUAAUUAUUUCACUAUUUACAUUUACAUUUCAUGAUCCUGCAUUGCAGUGAUUCAUGAAUUACUUAAAACUGUCAAACUGACCCAUCAAAGUCAGUGGGCGGGGCUAACGCGAAUCUAGUCUGAUCCAUUGCUUUGGUCUGAAGUAGAGUAGGCCAACCUGGAUAGAGACAAUGGAGGAUCUCCGUGAACUUUCCAGGGAGUUGGUUAGAGACAUUUUAAACUUAGCAGAGGAUGUAGAAGCAGGACCUGCUGACAUUAUCCGGAAUUGAUUUGUCUUGGCUUGAUGCAGAGGGUAACCAAUCAGGCGUUAGGUUCCGCCUACCAACUUUUGAUGGGUCAGUUUGACAGUUUUAAGUAAUUCAGGAAGCACUCCAACGCAGGACCAUGAAAUGUAAAUGUAAAUAGUGAAAUUAUUAUAUAUGUAUUUUACAUAAAAUGAAUCGGUAUUUGAAUUAAUUAAUGACACAUUUAAUAACACAUUUAUGUAUUUAAUUCUAAUUUUAAUUAAUUAAUGACACAUUUAAGUAAUUAUUUAAUGGUGUAUUUAUUUAUUUAAUUGUGGCACUUUUAGUCCUCCAUAUUAUGGAGAUUUAUUUAAUUGUGGCACUUUUAGUCCUCCAUAGACCAGUGUCCCGUUAACAAACAAUAUUCCCCUGGCAGAAUUGUCCUUUAGUUAAGGGGAUGUGUGUGCUAGUCCCACGGUGUGUUUUACCGUUUGUCAGCCAACAGUGGGACUGAAGGUGAACCAAGCUUGAUUUCAGAUUCCCAGACACGUCUCUUGUUCAAUCUCAAACGGUAACAGCAUCACUGCAGCAGUCUCUCAGAUCUGUCUGUCGUACUGCAGUAGGAGGCACUGCCUAACUCCUGGAGUUGCUGUGGGUCUGUAGGUUCACAUUUAAAGUUAGCAGAAUAUUAGUCACAUGCUACCAGACCAACAUCCUAUAAAAAUGUCUGGAGUCUAGGCUAGCAUAACACAAAUGUAAUGUUGCAGAGAAAGUGUGUAAAGGGAUUUUCAGGUGAAUAAAAAGAGAGGUCGCAGAUAUAGUCAAUCUGGUUUAAUUACUAGUUGCAACAGGGAGACGCCUCCAGCACAGAAAAUGUCUAGCGGCUUCUUGGAGACAGGCCUUUUAUAAUCUAAAUCUGACCAAAUGAUCUGUGAACACCAGCCCGUGAGGAUUGGAGGAAGACAACAUCAGCGGCUACAGAAUCACAGCUACAUUAUUAGUGUUGCGUCAGACUUUAACCAUUAUAUUCAACACUGGCAGACAUUUUAUACUGGCAGUUAAACCGGUCAAAAAGGUAGGAACAUCAGCACUUAGUUAGCCUACAGUAAAUCAAAUACAGGAGAGGAGAUGAGCAAACAUUCCCCAUUAGUGUUUUUUAAUUAAAUUUUAAAAAAAGGUGGCUGGAGUGAGGUUUGUUAGCUCACGACGACUGCAGACAGUGGCUGAGGAUUUAAACAUGGAACAUGGAACUUGCCGUGGCCUGUUCUGAUACAUGCGUUUGAGUAACAGAGGGUGAGGUGUUGAUGAAGGGAUGGUGACAAUGGGUUUGAACAAUAUUUUAGCUUUUUCAUUUCCUUGAACCUUCAUGGCAGUUUACUGUACUUUAAGCAGAAGCCAAACAUGUCCUCCAAAGCUAUUUCUCUCAAAAUGGCAUUCAUUGAGAACACUGAUAUUUACCUCUACAAGUCUGGUAGCGUUGGUGAACUGUCUGUCGGUCUGACUGGGAUUCCACCAUCCCUUUAUACAGUGGCUUGCGAAAGUAUUCACCCCCCUUGGCAUUUUUCCUAUUUUGUUGCCUUACAACCUGGAAUUAAAAUGGAUUUUUGGGGGGUUUGUAUUACAUUUACAUUUUCGUCAUUUAGCAGACGCUCUUAUCCAGAGCGACUUACAAAUUGGUGCAUUCACCUUAUGAUAGCCAGUGGGACAACCACUUUACAAAACAUUUUUUUUUUUGGGGGGUGGGGUAACUUUAUCCUAUCCCAGGUAUUCCUUAAAGAGGUGAUGUUUCAAGUGUCUCCGGAAGGUGGUGAGUGACUCCGCUGUCCUGGCGUCGUGAGGGAGCUUGUUCCACCAUUGGGGUGCCAGAGCAGCAAACAGUUUUGACUGGGCUGAGCGGGAACUGUGCUUCCGUAGAGGUAGGGGGACCAGCAGGCCAGAGGUGGAUGAACGCAAUGCCCUCGUUUGGAUGUAGGGACUGAUCAGAGCCUGAAGGUACGGAGGUGCCGUUCCCCUCACAGCUCCGUAGGCAAGCACCAUGGUCUUGUAGCAGAUGCGAGCUUCAACUGGAAGCCAGUGGAGUGUGCGGAGGAGCGGGGUGACAUGAGAUAACUUGGGAAGGUUGAACACCAGACGGGCUGCGGCGUUCUGGAUGAGUUGUAGGGGUUUAAUGGCACAGGCAGGGAGCCCAGCCAACAGCGAGUUGCAGUAAUCCAGACGGGAGAUGACAAGUGCCUGGAUUAGGACCUGUGCCGCUUCCUGUGUAAGGCAGGGUCGUACUCUCCGAAUGUUGUAGAGCAUGAACCUACAGGAUCGGGUCACCGCCUUGAUGUUAGCGGAGAACGACAGGGUGUUGUCCAGGGUCACGCCAAGGCUCUUUGCACUCUGGGAGGAGGACACAACGGAGUUGUCAACCGUGAUGGCGAGAUCAUGGAACGGGCAGUCCUUCCCCGGGAGGAAGAGCAUCUCCGUCAUGCCGAGGUUCAGCUUGAGGUGGUGAUCCGUCAUCCACACUGAUAUGUCUGCCAGACAUGCAGAGAUGCGAUUCGCCACCUGGUUAUCAGAAGGGGGAAAGGAGAAGAUUAAUUGUGUGUCGUCUGUGUAGCAAUGAUAGGAGAAGCCAUGUGAGGAUAUGACAAGUGACUUGGUGUAUUGCGAGAAUAGCAGAGGGCCUAGAACUGAGCCCUGGGGGACACCAGUGGUGAGAGCACGUGGUGCGGAGACAGAUUCUCGCCACGCCACCUGGUAGGAGCGACCUGUCAGGUAGGACGCAAUCCAAGAGUGAGCCGCGCCGGAGAUGCCCAACUCGGAGAGGGUGGAGAGGAGGAUCUGAUGGUUCACAGUAUCAAAGGCAGCAGAUAGGUCUAGAAGGACGAGAGCAGAGGAGAGAGAGUUAGCUUUAGCAGUGCGGAGAGCCUCCGUGACACAGAGAAGAGCAGUCUCAGUUGUAUCAUUUGAUUUACACAACAUGUCUACCACUUUGAAGAUGCAAAAUAUUUAUUUGGGGUGAAACAAACAAGAAAUAAGACAAAAAAGCAGAAAAAUUUGAGCGUGUAUAACUAUUCACCCCCGCAAAGUCAAUACUUUGUAGAGCCACCUUUUGCAGCAAUUACAGCUGCAAGUCUCUUGGGGUAUGUCUCUAUAAGCUUGGCACAUCUAGCCACUGGGAUUUUUGCCCAUUCUUCAAGGCAAAACUGCUCCAGCUCCUUCAGGUUGGAUGGGUUCCGCUGGUGUACAGCAAUCUUUAAGUCAUACCACAGAUUCUCAAUUGGAUUGAGGUCUGGGCUUUGACUAGGCCAGUCCAAGACAUUUAAAUGUUUCCCCUUAAACCACUCAAGUGUUGCUUUAGCAGUAUGCUUAGGGUCAUUGUCCUGCUGAAAGGUGAACCUCUGUCCCAGUCUCAAAUCUCUGGAAGACUGAAACAGGUUUCCCUUCUCUCAAGAAUUUCCCUGUAUUUAGCGCCAUCCAUCAUUCCUUCAAUUAUGACCAGUUUCCCAGUCCCUGCCAAUGAAAAACAUCCCCACAGCAUGAUGCUGCCACCGCCAGGCUUCACUGUAAGGAUGGUGUUCUCGGGGUGAUGAGAGUUGUUGGGUUUGCGCCAGACAUAGCGUUUUCCUUGAUUGCCAAAAAGCUCAAUUUUAGUCUCAUCUGACCAAAGUACCUUCUUCCAUAUGUUUGGGAGUCUCCCACAUGCCUUUUGGCAAACACCAAAUGUGUUUGCUUAUUUUUUUCUUUAAGCAAUGGCUUUUUUCUGGCCACUCUUCCGUAAAGCCCAGCUCUGUGGAGUGUACGGCUUAAAGUGGUCCUAUGGACAGAUACUCCAAUCGCCGCUGUGGAGCUUUUCAGCUCCUUCAGGGUUAUCUUUGGUCUCUUUCCCUCCUUGCCUGGUCCGUGAGUUUUGGUGGGCAGCCCUCUCUUGGCAGGUUUGUUGUGGUGCCAUAUUCUUUCCAUUUUUUAAAUAAUGGAUUUAAAAUGGUGCUCCGUGGGAUGUUCAAAGUUUCUGAUAUUUUUUUUAUAACCCAACCCUGAUCUGUACUUUUCCACAACUUUGUCCCUGACCUGUUUGGAGAGCUCCUUGGUCUUAUUGCUUGGUGGUGUUGCAGAUUCUGGGGCGUCUCAGAACAGGUGGCUAUAUACUGAGAUCAUGUGGCAGUUAGAUUGCACACAGGUGGACUUUAUUUAACUAAUUAUGUGACUUCUGAAGGUAAUUGGUUGCACCAGAGCUUAUUUAGUGGAUUCAUAGCAAAGGGGGUGAAUACAUAUGCACGCACCACUUUUCCGUUAUUUAUUUUUUUAAACAAGUUAUUUUUUUACAUUUCACUUCACCUAGUUGGACUAUUUUGUGUAUGUCCAUUACAUGAAAUCCAAAUAAAAUAUAUGCAAGUUAUUUGAAGAAAAAAAAAAAAUAUAUAUAUAUAUUUUAUUGAUGCCAAAUAUUUGAAGAACCAAAAACUACAACUGUUGAGUUAGUCUAAAUAUAUGAUCAUAAUACAUGGUUUGGAGGGCUCUUUGAUAUGAAUAUUAAUGUAGCCCAGAAUUUAACAAGUGAGGAAUAUGGAAUCACCUCAACAUUAGAGUAGAUCGCUUUUGCAGCUUCAAAACAGUAACAAAAUAUGGCUAAUAAGUGUAAAAAAGAAACAAAAUAUCCCAAACUGCCUUCUUGAAUCAACUACAACCAAGGUAGGUGGAAAAUCAUGAGUUCAUUCAGAAUACAAACUAUCCAUUUAAAGAUGGUAUAUUGUUUGUUUGAAACAAGAACACUUACCCUCAGAUGGACAAAGAGGUUUGAAGUUGUUUUUUCUAAGCAUCGAACUUGCUGUUUGCAAAUUGAUUUUAAUUACUCUGCAGUAUUUUCAGGAAUCAUAAAAUGAAUUGCAGCGUUCUACCUUUCCAGUGGCAUGUUGAAUGAGUCAUACAGUAGUUGAGCAUCACAACUUGUUUAUAUUUAUCUGUACAAAAUAUAAUUGGUUAAUUGGUUUGACUUGAUUAUGUACAACUGGAGCAAUGCACGUUUACAAAAUGUUCAGAUAGAAAUGUAUUGUGUAGAUCAAAUAUAACUAUCAGAUAGAUUGGAAUAGUAUAGGAGAUUGUGUGUGUGCUCUAUUCAUUAUAUUUCUAUCUUCAACAUGCAGUUCCAUAUACAGCCCUGCCAUUAUUAGUUGAAGGCAGCCAAUCCAAUAGUUCCAGAAAAGUAGUCACUUCCUGACAUCUGUAUUCAAUUUUUUUUUUUAAGAUGUUGCUUUCUCAAAUCUGUAUUCAAAUAGUUUAAACGUGUAGUUACUUUCUGAGAUCUGUAUUCAAAUAGUUUUAAAAAGUAGUAAUUUCUGGGGAUCUGUAUUCAAAUAGUGGUCACCUCCUUUGUUCCUCCAGAAAAAUUGUUACUUUCCACAAAGCAUAGCUAAAACUCCAGUUAUCCCAGGUCUGCUUCAGUGUGUGAGAUCCCUCAAGCAUUUUAUCUAUCAGAGUGUGAGGGCUCCUGCUCAGCGACUCUCAAUGGUGACUCAUCUUGUUGUUGGUGUUGAAAUGAAAAGUUGUGUGUGUGUGUGUGUGCGUGCGUGCGUGCGAGAUGUUUCCUUUUGCCCACUCUAGUGUAUCUUGUGGUGUGUGUGAGAGAGAGAGGGAGAGAGAGAGAGGGAGAGAGAGAGAGAAAGAGUGAGGUUUCCCUCAGGCCACUCCAGUGUGUGUGCGAGAGAGAGAGAUAUUUGACACAAUGCUGUCAUUGGGUGUUGUGAUCACAGAUGAGUUUCUCAACAGAGGCCACCCGCAGAAGCUGCUGCUCCUUUCAUUUGGGGUUACUCUACAUUUUACACAGCUUACUGCUGAGCCUUCACAACAAGGGGAAGGACAUAUGCUCCAUGUUUGAUCUUUUUUCAUUUCUUCUGUUGCAUAACUGCCACUAUGGACUACCUGGAAAACAGUGAGAAUUGCUGCCGACAGUGCCGAGUGAACCAUCCUGUCUAAAUAAAGAUGAACUGAAUUGAAUUGAAAAUGAAUUUCAUGAAUGUGUUACAAUGCCCUCUGUGUCAUGUCAUGUGGUUCAGGUGUUUGCUAUGCCAUAACUACAUGGGUGGGCAACAUGUUACAAAUCUUCACCCUAUUUUGUGUUAUGUCUUUUCCCUGUAGGUGUUGAUAAGUCGUAACUAUAUGGGGAACAUGGACAUGAAUGAGGUCGACCACUUCAUGCCCAUCAUGAUGAGGAUGGAGGAGGACGCAGACACAUCGCCCCUGGUGACACACGGCUCCUCCCACUUCCUGUGGAUCAAACACAGAAACCUCUACCGUAUCCUGUCCAAACAGGAAGUCCUGUUACUGCUCAGUCAGGCCGUCUUGGUUACCAAGCUUCUGUCUCUCUUACCAUGCUCAGGACGACUGUCUCUCAAUUCACAGUUCACACCCUCCCUGCAUGCAUGGAGAUGGAUGAUGUGGCGCUAUCUACUGCAUGCAUGGAGAUGGAUGAUGUGGCGCUAUCUACUGCAUGCAUGGAGAUGGAUGAUGUGGCGCUAUCUACUGCAUGCAUGGAGAUGGAUGAUGUGGCGCUAUCUACUGCAUGUCCUCUAUCUGUGCAUCUUGUGUUAUUCUCAACUAGAGGGAAAUGCUGUGAAUAACUAAUCUGAGUCAACCGUCUCACUUAUGGGUGUGGUGGUUGUCUAGCAGAAUCAGAUUGACUAAGGCCUGAUUCUGAAACUUCAUUUCAGAGUUUUCUAUUACCAACUUUUUAGUUUUGUUAAAACAGUGCGUCUCACUGUAAAUGUUCCAUUUGAAAGAUUUUAAAACAGCAGUGGCCCAGUUACUUUUCUGUUCAACCAUUUUUGUAAAUUCUUAAGUUAUUCUUCAGUGGUGGCAAUGACCAAAAAGAAUGCCAAUGCAGCACUGGUGUACUCCUUCCUCUACAAAAUAGUGGAGGUGAGUUUGUGCUUUACUGAUAAUACCUACUGUAGUAUACUGCUUGUAUUCAACCAAUUGAAUGUAAUCCUGUUGUAUUGUAUUGAUCAUGUAUUAAGUUGUCUGUCUGUCUGUGUGUCCAUCUGUAGGUGUUUAAGGAGUACUUUAAGGAGCUGGAGGAGGAGAGUAUCCGUGACAACUUUGUGACUGUGUAUGAGCUGAUGGACGAGGUCAUGGACUUUGGCUUCCCUCAGACCACAGACAGCAAGAUCCUGCAAGAGUGAGUAGUGGACUGAGUUACAGUCAAUCAACACUGCAGUCUGUCUUGGAAGGCUGUAAUACAGUGGCAAUACUAAAACAGACUACCAAACUGAUUACUAUCCAACAGACUACCAAACUGAUUACUAUCCAACAGACUACCAAACAGACUGAUAUCCAACAGACUACCAAACUGACUGAUAUCCAACAGACUACCAAACAGACUGAUAUCCAACAGACUACCAAACAGACUGAUAUCCAACAGACUACCAAACAGACUGAUAUCCAACAGACUGAUAUCCAACAGACUACCAAACAGACUGAUAUCCAACAGACUACCAAACAGACUGAUAUCCAACAGACUGAUAUCCAACAGACUGAUAUCCAACAGACUACCAAACAGACUGAUAUCCAACAGACUGAUAUCCAACAGACUGAUAUCCAACAGACUGAUAUCCAACAGACUGAUAUCCAACAGACUACCAAACUGAUUACUAUCCAACAGACUACCAAACAGACUGAUAUCCAACAGACUACCAAACAGACUGAUAUCCAACAGACUACCAAACAGACUGAUAUCCAACAGACUACCAAACAGACUGAUAUCCAACAGACUGAUAUCCAACAGACUGAUAUCCAACAGACUGAUAUCCAACAGACUACCAAACAGACUGAUAUCCAACAGACUACCAAACAGACUGAUAUCCAACAGACUACCAAACAGACUGAUAUCCAACAGACUGAUAUCCAACAGACUGAUAUCCAACAGACUGAUAUCCAACAGACUACCAAACAGACUGAUAUCCAACAGACUACCAAACAGACUGAUAUGCAACAGACUACCAAACAGACUGAUAUCCAACAGACUGAUAUCCAACAGACUACCAAACAGACUGAUAUCCAACAGACUACCAAAUUGAUUACUAUCCAACAGACUGGAACACUGGUCACUUUUAUAAUGUUUACAUACUGUUUUACUCAUUUCAUAUGUAUAUACUGUAUUCUACUGUAUUCUAGUCAAUGCCACUCUGACAUUGUUCAUCUUCAUAUUUAUAUAUUUCUUAAUUCCAUUAUUUUACUUUGAGAUUUGUAUGUAUUGUUGUGAAUUGUUAAAUACUACUGCACUGUUGGAGCAAGGAACACAAGCAUUUCACUCCACCCGCAAUAACAUCUGCUAAACAUGUGUAUGUCACCAAUAACAUUUGAGUUGAUUUGAUUUUGACUACCAAACUGAUUACUAUCCAACAGACUACCAAACUGACUGAUAUCCAACAGACUACCAAACUGACUGAUAUCCAACAGACUACCAAACUGACUGAUAUCCAACAGACUGACAUCCAACAGACUGACAUCCAACAGACUGACAUCCAACAGACUGACAUCCAACAGACUGAUAUCCAACAUUUACAUUACAUUUUACAUUUUAGUCAUUUAGCAGACGCUCUUAUCCAGAGCGACUUACAGGAGCAAUUAGGGUUAAGUGCCUUGCUCAAGGGCACAUUUACGUCAUUUAGCAGACGCUCUUAUCCAGAGCGACUCACAAAUUGGUGCAUUCACCCUAUAGCCAGUGGGAUAACCACUUUACAAUUAUUUUUUUUGGGGGGGGGGGGGGGGGGGGUGUAGAAGGAUUACUUUAUCCUAUCCCAGGUGUUCCUUAAAGAGGUGGGGUUUCAAAUGUCUCCGGAAGGUGGUGAGUGACUCCGCUGUCCUGGCGUCGUGAGGGAGCUUGUUCCACCAUUGGGGUGCCAGAGCAGUGAACAGUUUUGACUGGGCUGAGCGGGAACUAUGCUUCCGCAGAGGAAGGGGAGCCAGCAGGCCAGAGGUGGAUGAACGCAAUGCUCUCGUUUGGGUGUAGGGACUGAUCAGAGCCCGAAGGUACAGAGGUGCCGUUCCCCUCACUGCUCCAUAGGCAAGCACCAUGGUCUUGUAACGGAUGCGAGCUUCAACUGGAAGCCAGUGGAGUGUGCGGAGGAGGGGGGUGACGUGAGAGAACUUGGGAAGGUUGAACACCAGACGGGCUGUGGCAUUCUGGAUGAGUUGUAGGGGUUUAAUAGCACAGGCAGGGAGGCCAGCCAACAGUGAGUUGCAGUAAUCCAGACGGGAGAUGACAAGUGCCUGGAUUAGGACCUGUGCCGCUUCCUGUGUAAGGCAGGGUCGUACUCUCCGAAUGUUGUAGAGCAUGAACCUGCAGGAGCGGGUCACCUACUCACAAGGCAGGCAAUACGCUUGACCUCAUCUUUACUAGAUACAACAGACUGACAUCCAACAGACUGAUAUCCAACAGACUACCAAACGGAUGGAUAUCCAACAGACUGAUAUCCAACAGACUAUCCAACAGACUGAUAUCCAACAGACUACCAAACAGACUGAUAUUCAAUAGACCGAUAUUCAACAGACUACCAAACUGACUGAUAUUCAAUAGACCGAUAUUCAACAGACUACCACAGUGCUUUGUAAACUACAUUAUAUAGGGUCCAAAGGCUUUAGCUUGUUAACAAUACUUUAUUUUUGUGUUUUCUUCUCUGCUAAAGAGUGAGUUGAGUCAGUUAGUCAGUCAACACCUCUGUCUGCUCAUCUUUCUACUAUAUGGCUUGCCAACAGACUUGCAUCCAGGCUAGUGACAGUAUACAAUAGCCUACAGGGUUCAGAGGGUUUAGCUCGUUAACGGGAAUUUGUUUUCCUGUUUUGCUCCUGGGAAAGGUGCCAUGUUCUGGUGGAAGGUUCAGCGUUCAUUUAAUUAGGGCCAGGCUACCACGGCAAUGGGCUAAAUAUGUGCUUACUUACAUUUUCAAUUGAAAGCCUGCUUGUAACAUCAUACUAUAAUUGUUUCUUUUUAUAAUUGCUCAAACAGACAGUGAUAAUAUGGUGACUGUCUGAUGUAGACAUGUGAAGAUGUGAUUUUGCCCUGAGCUUUGAUGAGGCCUUUAUCAGUGUGAUGUCUGUGUCUGUGGGCCUGAAUAGGGCUGACCAUCGCUAGCCUGUGUCCCAUUGACACACACACACAAUGCCACCGUCAGCUGGCUGGAUUCCAGACCCAGACAGACGACUGUUCCUCCUCGUUGUACCAAGGAGACCCCCCCCCCCCCCCCCCCCAACCCUCACCUCAUCCCGGCGCUCCUCCAUCCCUCUUUUACCCUGAAACACCGCCCAGCUGGCCUGCCAAUAAUUCCCUUGUCUUCCCCUGUGUGUGUAUGUGAGACAAUGAUUGUGUUGGUGUGUGUUGUUUCGUAGUAUGAUUGACAUUACAUUCUUAUGCUAAUCUGUUCGAUUUACCGCCAACUCUGCUCUUGGAUACACUCAUUAGCAUUUCUGAGGAGAAUCAGGACCAAAUCCAAAAAGCAACACACCAACAACCAAACAAAACAAGCCCACUUGUCUUUCAUCUCUUUCCACUCUCCGUGAGUCGAGAUGAGGCGUUGAGAUGAGGCGUUGAGAUGAGACGUUGAGAUUAAAUGAUCUCCCUGAAUGAGGUGGGGUUAUCAUAAACACUAUGAGGUCACCAUGGCUUGUGUCAGUGUAGUGGUGAAAUCAAAGCAGGGGUUCGGUGCCUGUGCAGACACACAUUUUGAACCAUGCUAGCCUCUUUUAAGCUGAGCGAUAGGGGGAUUCUCAGACGAGCCCAGAGAAGGAUUAGAGGAGGAGAGAAAGUCGUCAGGCAUCAGAAGGAUCCAUGGUGGAGAAUGUAUCAAUCUGUCUCAUUACCCCAGGGAGAGCUGGGAGAGAUGCAAGCAGAGGAGAGGAGAUCUAUCAGGGGGGAUUACAAGUCAGGCGGCAGGCCUCUGUGUGUGUGUGUGUUUGAGGAAGUAGAUGGUGUUGCUGUCUGUCACCUGGUUGUUUGUCAGUGAGAAGUAAACAGAGGCAGGGGCAGGUGUUCCAACGACGGAAUAAACAGGGUCACAUAUUUGCAUACUGUAUGUACAUCAUCUCCCUCCUACCCACACCACAUCUCAUCACAUCAUCCCUUCAGACACCCAGACCUCCCUAGAGGAGAACAAGCCUCUCUCAGGACAGUAUAUCUCUGCCUGUUGUACAACUCAGCACUGCAGCAUACGGUACUGCUAUUACAGCCCGUAGUAGACGAUAGACAUACAGGGUCUGCUGUGUUUAAAGGCACAAUGGGAUAGGGCUAGGCUAGAGACAUGGAACCACUCUCACGGAGCUAUGGGUGCAAGGCCUGACCGUCUAUGAGGUCAACUUGAUUGUUGUUAACAAUUGUAGAUUGUACCUAUUUAAUGAGCACACAAAAUGUACUUCAGGUACAAUAGAAUGAUUUGAGCUCAGAGUUUAGUUUAGUUCAGUCUGUCUUUUGGUUACAAUCACAAUGUAAACCCCCUUGUUCCAAUUACACCCGUGGCUACCCAGCUCACAACCCACGACAAAUCCUUUCAAUAAUCUAUCUAUUCUAGUCAAGAGGUUUAAUAAAAUUAACUUUCUAUUCUGGGAUAUCUUAUCAUAAGCUUUUUCAUCAAUAAUGAAUAAAUACAAAGUAUGAUAUCACCUAGAAAACAAACAUCUUCAGAAAAUAACUUCCACUGUCCUUCCUAUUCAUCUUGCUCCUCUGUUCUUGCACCAGUAUUUUCCCCCUCUGAAUAGGCUUACAUGGAAUCUGUCCUCUCUCAUCUCUUCUCUUCUCCUCUCCCCUCUCUCUGCUCUCCCCCUCUCCCCUCUCUGCAGGUACAUCACCCAACAGGGUCACAAACUGGAUGUGGGCGCCCCUCGCCCCCCCGCCACCGUCACCAACGCUGUGUCCUGGAGGUCGGAGGGCAUCAAGUACAGGAAGAACGAGGUGUUCAUGGACGUCAUCGAGUCCGUCAACCUGCUGGUGAGAAGCCUCUUUAAUGGGAUCUCGGUCUGUUACUAUUCUAGGGUUAAGUGCCUUGCUCAAGGGCACAUCAACAGGUUUUUCACCUUGUCGGCUCGGGUAUUUGAACCAGCAACCUUUCGGUUACCGGCCCAACACUCUAAUCGCUAGUCUACCUGCCUGCCCCUCUCCCUUCCCCGCCCCUCCCCACUCCCAGACAGCCCUAGCAACAUUUUUUGCUUGAGAAAUUGCUCUUUGCUAAGAAGGUAUUUUUGUUUAUUUUUGACCAUUUUAAUUUAAAACAAUCACAGUAAGGUACUUAAUUGUUACCCAGAAAUGAUUUGACAUUGAGAUCAAAAUGGCUGCAUUGGGCCUUUAACCUAAACCAGGAAAUUGUUUGAGUAAAGGUAAAAAUUCCCAGGUAAAUAGAGUUCAUAGUCAUAUUACUUUACUGUACAUACCUUUUACUGUAUACCAACGAUGGGAAACUUUGAUGAGGGUGGGGGCCACAAAAAAACAUAUCUCAUCAUGAGGGGCCACAGUGGCUCGUGGGUCUGCGUACCCAGGAUACAUUUUUGUUAAAAUUCGAUUUCUAAUAGUUGGAUAUAUAUUUAAAGAUUGAUCAUCAUUUAGAAUGGACAGGCCAAGAAACAAGGUCAGGUUUACAGUAAGCUGUAUGUCAGAGAAGUUUCUUCCAGACACCUUUUUUCCACUUCCUUGAAUAGAAAAUGUGAGGAAAUGUUUUCCGAUUUCCUGUCUUACAACAAUCCUCCGGUUUCUGUGGUAACAUUGUUACACCAGGAUACCCAUGCGGCCACAACCUUUUGGUUUUCCACGUAACCAGUCCCCUGAGCCCCUGAUGUAUCCCAGGGGUCUCAGACAGAGACAUGGCUGAUAACUGACUGAUUGUAAGGAAGAGCAGGUCUGAUGGGUCUCUAUUGCAACAUUAUCAUUAAACUCGAUAGCUAGAUCUCUGAGCUCCCUUUUUGUGACAAGACACUUUUUUUCAAGCAUCUUCCUAAACCUCAUAUAAACCUGCAAUCCUUGGUUCCUCCUUGUCAAAAUCUGAGUUUAUGUAAUUUUAUUAUUCAUAUUUUUCGCUGUCUGUAACCCUCCCUGUAGGUGAGUGCUACCGGCAGUGUCCUGCGUAGUGAGAUCGUGGGCAGCAUCAAGCUCAAGGUGGUCCUGUCUGGGAUGCCUGAACUCAGACUGGGCCUCAACGACAAAGUGCUCUUCGAAAUCACAGGACGUGAGUAAAAACCCCAACAGUAUAAUGUCUGUACACCAUAGCCGUGGGAAGUAGUGGUACACCGAUACAUUUAAAUAAUGUUUCCAAAAUGGUAUAAUUACUCCUGUCUGAACACUGACUGAAUUUGUGCAGCACAUGCACCGAAUAUUGAACAGUUUGAUGCAUUGCGGCCAUAUAAAUAUAAUCCAUAGAACCCAGCUAGCGCAUGACAUUCUGAGAACCAUAUGUUUCUUAAAGCGUGGUGGCCUAUGGUUAUUUUGCAUACAACCUUCCCAUAACGUUUCCUACAGGUUUCCUCAUGGUUCUAUUUAAAGGAAUGUUCUCAAAUUGUUCAGAGAACGUUAAGAAACAAUGUUCUUCUGUUGGAAUUUCAGUAUUCCAGCAUAACAUUUUCUGCAGGUUUUCUCAUGGUUAAAUGUAAAGUUCUCAGAACGCAAGAAAAUAUUAGUAACGUUCUAAGAAUGUUAUUUUAAAACAUAUACUGUACGAUCCAUUCUCAGCAUCUACAAAACCCUCUCUAGCCUCUAUCUUGUUAAGUGUGUUCAUGUGUGUUGGCCACACCCACUAAUUGGCCACACCUGAUAUGUUUUCAUAUUAAUAAGUGCCUGUUUCCUUUGAAAAAGGGUCUGUUUGAAUAGACAAAAAUUAACAGCUUUGUAUGAGUUUAAAAAACCAUGGCACGCUAGCUCCAUCCUAGUGGCGCAGUGGACUAAUUCCAUGGAUAGCGAGCAGAAGAUCAUAGGUUCGAAUCUCACUGGCACCAUGCCACAAUAAAAAAAUUAAUGUGUUUGCAAAAUGUGAGUUCAAAACCAUUAAACUAAGUUAGCAGUGUUAUUAAAAGUCUCAUUGAAACAUUCUCAGAACAUUAUUUAAUUACCUUCAAAUAACCUAUAAUUUUUGUUCUCGGAACGCUAAUAAAACCUCCCAGGAAAACUUUCAGGGCACCAUAUAAUUUUUUUCUCAGAACCUCCCUGCAACCUAAAAAUUAACAUUCCCAAAACAGCCUAUAUUUUCACUUCCAUUCUCAGAACAUUUAAAAAAAGUUAUGUUUUAACUGUCAGGAAACGUAUGACUUAAUUCCCAGAACCAAUGGGAAACCAAAAAUGUACGUUCCCACUUCCAAGGAACCAAAUGUGCUAUCUUGGAAGGGUUUUGGAAUCUCACCCUAGUAAUUUGACUGGUAAACUCAUGGGUAUGAUCAAAAUGGCUGCCAGUUCUGACUUGAAUGAGCACUUUCAUUCUAUGGAUUCUAUUUCUAUGGAUUCUAUUUCUCUUUGCGCCGUCAGUGAAUAGCUAAAGGCCUUUCGCAAAUGUCUAAAUACAAUCGCGGGAAGUACUUUUGGAAAGCAAAUGCCUACUGCUGAAAAUAGAGGAUUAAUUUGUCAGUAGAAGCUACCAUUUCUUUUCUCAACAACUCAGAGCACUGUUUUUCAAAGUAGCUCAAGCCUAUCUUGAAGCCUAGGCUACGCAUAUUCAUGCUAUCUUCAUCAUUGGGUGAGUCAGUGCCACUGGACAGUUGAUCUAGUAGCCUACUGUAGCCUAUAAUAUUGACAUAUUUCCUCCUAAUAUUGUACAAUCUGCGUGUCUCCCUUCUUUUUAUUGGCCAUGGGCCAUGUCAAGACCAUGGCCCGGUUUCUCAAAAGCAUCUUAAGGCUAAAUUCAUUUUAGAACCAUAGGAUGCUAGAAUUACAUGAAAUGCGUUUGUAAAAGGCUAAGAUUUUUGCCCCAUCCUAAAAAUGCUUCUUCUGAACUGUAUGCCACUAGGCACAUGCGAUGAUAGAAUACGUUAUUAUAAAGGGAUUUAUAUACACCCAACUCAAAACAUCUUCCCGCGGCUAUGCUGUACACAGUACACACACUCACUCACGACCACACAGACACACACCAAAAGGUAAGGACGAUCAUAGUCAGUGCAAGGUCCCCAACCCAAAUAAUUUGACUCUUCAUCUCUGGAGAGAUAUGGUCACAGGUAAUAUGGACAAUUACCUUCCAUGCCCAAAUCCUCACCCUUCAAUAUCUUAGUUUGCUCCCAAUCCUGCCCAACUAACCCCAUGCCCCCUGCCUCCCAUCCCCAGCCCUACCUCCACCCCUCCACCUCCACCGCCCCCUUUCCCAGGACCUGGUUUCCCCCCUCAUGUGCCCUGGUUGUGGGGCAUCUGGUGUAUUACUCUUCCCUGGUCUAGCCCCGGUGCUAAUCCCUCCCCCAGGCUACUGCUGCUGUCGGGAGAUGAAAGAUGCCCCCUGGACGGCUCCUCACAUGCAGCCUACGGGCUGGAAGUGAAGUGGGAUGUCUGGAAUAGAAAAAGAAAAAUACUCCUACAAAUAAUGAAUAGAUAAAAAUGAGAAUUUAAAAUGGGCUUUUGCACUCUCCCUAUUGCAACAUAAUCAGAGGAGGAGGUGACAUUAACUAUUCUCCCAACAUGUAUAUUGCACUCUGUUUUUGCAUAACAUGCAUAUGUAUGUAUGCCCUCAAGGGAUCCUACUACAAUCCUGAAUUUGGGGCAAGUAAGUUUUUACCAUAAAUGUGUGUUUGAUUACUAAUAAAUAUUUGUUAUAACUUAAGUCAUCUUUACUAUUGUAUCUGUCCAGCUUGCUACGUGUAAACAGCCUUAUCACGUGGGUUAAACAGCACCCUCUUCUGGUUAAAGCCUGUUAAUGUCACUACAUAUUUGGAAAAUACUGUAGGAGCAUCAGGGCAUUCAAAUCUGGGUACGGGGAAAUCAUGCUAAUGAUACAUGCAGGAAAGGAAACCACAUGAGCUUAAAGCAUGCAGGGAGAGAUUUGAAGUAGGCUUUGAGAGAUAUGAAAUGUGAGAGCUGAGACAGAUCAAAUUGUGAAAACGAAUAAAACACAGGAUUCAUAUCUGUGAUAUGGACACUUGAGUGUUCUGUUGCCUUGUUAGGGAGAUAGUGAAGCCUUUCAGGUGAACCACAGGGGACAGUGUGACGAAACCUAAACCCUGCUACGUCUGGCACCUCUCCCUCCCUCCACCCCCUUAGAGCCCGAACAUGAAGGGCCGUGCCUCCUUUUUAACCGUUCCACAGACUCUCAGUGAUUAUGCUACUAGGGGGACCAUACUUACAGUAUAUUGCUCCAAAGGGCUAACCUGCUGGGAUGUGAUGAUCUGAUAGGCCUGCUAGGUCUCUGAUCUCCAAAGACUAGACGCUAGCUCUCCCUGGAGGAUGGGGCUUUACAUUGAAAUGUCACACACACACAUACACAUGCACGCACAUGCGCACACACACACACACACACGAUCACACUCAGUCACCUUGGUGUGGACAGGGUUCAUUCUGCCUGGGUUCAUGUGGGGCCCAGAGUCAUUAAGAGCUUUUAACAGCAGCUCUGCUGGGCCUUCUCCAUUUACUAAGGAAAACAACAGGAACAUUAGGCUUGCUCACCACAGUACACAGCCACAUUGGCAUGACAUUUUUUAUUUUUUUUUUAUUUUUUAUUUAGUAUCCGAGGCAUAUGAGAAGACUGUACAGUAUUUUAACUGGGACUGGUAAACUGCUAUGGAUAUUUUGCACUUAUCCAAUGUGCACGUAUCAGGCAUUGAGUGUAUUAGGACAUAGCCUUACAAUAACCCCUCCCCCUUGCCUGUGUGUCACAUAGCCUUACAAUAACCCCUCCCCCUUGCCUGUGUGUCACAUAGCUUACAAUAACCCCUCCCCCUUGCCUGUGUGUCACAUAGCUUACAAUAACCCCUCCCCCUUGCCUGUGUCCUGUCAGGAGAGAAAAGUAAGACGGUAGAGCUGGAGGAUGUCAAGUUCCAUCAAUGUGUCCGUCUGUCCCGCUUCGAGAACGACCGCACCAUCUCCUUCAUCCCCCCCGACGGAGAGUCCGAGCUCAUGUCUUACCGCCUCAACACCACGGUCAGUGGAACACACACACUCUCUCACACACACGCGCACACACACACACAUAAAUACGCACACAAGCACACACACACACAUCUCCUUUGCCCCAUGUUAACCUUCUUCCUUCUCUCUUCUCUGUCUGCCAGGUGAAGCCUCUGAUAUGGAUUGAGAGUGUGAUUGAGAAGUUCUCCCACAGCCGAGUGGAGAUCAAGGUUAAGGUAACCAUCAUCCACUGUGUUGUGUUUUAGCAUGGCUCCAACAUUGGCUUUCCUAUGAACCCUGGCUGCAAUGUGGGACAAUGUUUGGGUUGGGACUGUUUCCUCAACCUUUAACUUUAGAUGCUAUGAGUUAAUCAUUGAACAGGGAAGUCUUCAUACAAUAACCUCUGUUUUUUCUGAUGACUGUCCCUUCGUUCCAUCACUAACUUUGUGUGUCUCUGCUGGUAACCCUGUGACCUUUGACCUUUCACCUCCACCCUGCAGGCCAGGAGUCAGUUUAAGAGUCGCUCCACUGCCAACAAUGUGGCCAUCAUGGUACCUGUGCCCAGCGAUGCCGACUCGCCCAAAUUCAAGACGAGCACAGGCAGCUGCCAGUAUCUUCCUGAGAAGAGCGUGGUGCAGUGGAACAUCAAGUCCUUCCCUGUAAGUAUCUAAUGUCACGGAGAUUAACUAAACAUUACUACGCUGAACAAAAAUAUAAAUGCAACAUGUAAAGUGUUGGUCUCAUGUUUCAUGAGCUGAAAUAAAACAUCCCAGAAAUGUCUCUCAUAUUUGCUGCACAAAUUUGUUUACAUCCCUGUUAGUGAGCAUUUCUCCUUUGCCAAAAUAAUACAUCCACCUGACAGGUGUGGCAUAUCAAGAAGCUGAUUAAACUGCAUGAUCAUUACCCAGGUGCACCUUGUGCUGGGGACAAUAAAAGGCCACUAAAAUGUGCAGUUUUGUCACACAACACAAUGCCACAGAUGUCUCAAGUUUUGUAAAAUCAAUUGUUGCAUGUUGCGUUUAUAUUUUUGUUCCAUAUAAUAAUAACCUAUUUUAGAUUGCAGUCAACUCAAUGCCUCCCUGUUAGUGGGUCAUCUGCUACAGUAUGGUAAUAUUAUCAUAGCAUAGGUCCUGUGUGGCUCAGUCGGUAGAGCAUGGCGCUUGAAAUGCCAAGGGUCGUGGUUUUGAUUCCCGCUAGGACCACCCAUACAUAAAAUGUAUGCAUGCAUGACUGUAAGUCGCUUUGGAUAAAAGCGUCUGCUAAAUGACAUAUGUUAUUGUAACAGUAGCCAUGUGUUUUAGAUACUAUUUUGUUCAAUCCACUCUCACACAUUUGUACUCUUCAAUACCAUACUAUGGGUAAUUAUUGACCAGGGGCGGCUGGUGGGAGGAGCAAUUGGAGGAUGGGCUCAAUUUAAUGGCUGGAAUGGAGUAAAUGGAACGGAGUCAAACAUGUGGUUUCCAUAUGCCAUUCCAUUGAUUCCAUUCCAGCCAUUACAAUGAGCCUGUCCUCCUAUAGCUCCUCCCACCAGCCUUCUAUGUUAUUGACUAAAUAGUAACUAAAUGGUAAAAAUGUGGUCUUAUCCAUUAACAGUUUCUGAAGGCAGUACAUACAGUAUUCUCACAGGAAGCAGCUCCUUUUCUAAUAGAUAACAUGUUUUUACACAGCCACCAGACGAAUCAUGGGGAGGUUAGACAAGUUAUGUCUGAUAACAGCUAGAGGAAACACUUCAUAUUAAUAAAGACUGAUAAGCAAACUUCACUCAACCCUAUGGCCUGACUAUUAAAAUUACAUUCAGCAUGACUCUGUCAACUCUCUCUGCUGCUGUAAAACCACAUCCUUCCUGGCUUUGAGAAACAACAGUCUCAUGGACAGUUUAAACGAAUAACUGUGUGUGGUGGUGGUAUUAGUGAUGUGUCGCAGGAGACAGUUAGUUUGUUUUUAAUAAACACAAUGUUUUAAGUGAGAAGUAGGCAUUGGUCUGAAGCUGAAAAAGAAUGGCACCACAAUGCCUGUUCCACCCAUGCUCUACCAAGGUUUUCCAGCACACAGCUUUAACCUACUACAGUAGCUACAGUGAGGGAAAAAAGUAUUUGAUCCCCUGCUGAUUUUGUAUGUUUGCCCACUGACAAAGAAAUGAUCAGUCUAUAAUUUUAAUGGUAGGUUUAUUUGAACAGUGAGAGACAGAAUAACAACAACAAAAUCCAGAAGAACGCAUGUCAAAAAUGGUAUACAUUGAUUUGCAUUUUAAUGAGGGAAAUAAGUAUUUGACCCCCUCUCAAUCAGAAAGAUUUCUGGCUCCCAGGUGUCUUUUAUACAGGUAACGAGCUGAGAUUAGGAGCACACUCUUAAAGGGAGUGCUCCUAAUCUCAGCUUGUUACCUGUAUGAAAGACACCUGUCCACAGAAGCAAUCAAUCAAUCAGAUUCCAAACUCUCCACCAUGGCCAAGACCAAAGAGCUCUCCAAGGAUGUCAGGGACAAGAUUGUAGACCUACACAAGGCUGGAAUGGGCUACAAGGCCAUCGCCAAGCAGCUUGGUGAGAAGGUGACAACAGUUGGUGCGAUUAUUCGCAAAUGGAAGAAACACAAAAUAACUGUCAAUCUCCCUCGGCCUGGGGCUCCAUGCAAGAUCUCACCUCAUGGAGUUGCAAUGAUCAUGAGAACGGUGAGGAAUCAGCCCAGAACUACAUGGGAGGAUCUUGUCAAUGAUCUCAAGGCAGCUGGGACCAUAGUCACCAGGAAAACAAUUGGUAACACACUACGCUGUGAAGGACUGAAAUCCUGCAGCGCCCGCAAGGUCCCCCUGCUCAAGAAAGCACAUAUACAUGCCUGUCUGAAGUUUGCCAAUGAACAUCUGAAUGAUACAGAGGAGAACUGGGUGAAAGUGUUGUGGUCAGAUGAGACCAAAAUCGAGCUCUUUGGCAUCAACUCAACUCGCCGUGUUUGGAGGAGGAGGAAUGCUGCUUAUGACCCCAAGAACACUAUCCCCACCGUCAAACAUGGAGGUGGAAACUUUAUGCUUUGGGGGUGUUUUUCUGCUAAGGGGACAGGACAACUUCACUGCAUCAAAGGGACGAUGGACGGGGCCAUGUACCGUCAAAUCUUGGGUGAGAACCUCCUUCCCUCAGCCAGGGCAUUGAAAAUGGGUCGUGGAUGGGUAUUCCAGCAUGACAAUGACCCAAAACACACGGCCAAGGCAACAAAGGAGUGGUUCAAGAAGAAGCACAUUAAGGUCCUGGAGUGGCCUAGCCAGUCUCCAGACCUUAAUCCCAUAGAAAAUCUGUGGAGGGAGUUGAAAGUUCGAGUUGCCAAACGUCAGCCUCGAAACCUUAAUGACUUGGAGAAGAUCUGCAAAGAGGAGUGGGACAAAGUCCCUCCUGAGAUGUGUGCAAACCUGGUGGCCAACUACAAGAAAUGUCUGACCUCUGUGAUUGCCAACAAGGGUUUUGCCACCAAGUACUAAGUCAUGUUUUGCAGAGGGGUCAAAUACUUAUUUCCCUCAUUAAAAUGCAAAUCAAUUUAUAAAAUUUUUGACAUGCGUUUUUCUGGAUUUUUUUGUUGUUAUUCUGUCUCUCACUGUUCAAAUAAACCUAACAUUAAAAUUAUAGACUGAUAAUUUCUUUGUCAGUGGACAAACGUACAAAAUCAGCAGGGGAUCAAAUACUUUUUUCCCUCACUGUAUGUUGGUAUUGUACUUCAAACUAUGUGUAGGCAGGUUGCUUAGGAUUCAAACCUUCUCAAACAGCCUAAUUCAUACUCUUAGAGGAGGUCCUUCCACAAUAAUGUGAUUUGUACCGCAUACAAGGUAAAGUAUUGGAUUCUUCACACACCACACUAAUCCCAUUCCACUACAUUUUCAAGCUUUUUUAAAUGAUAUGAAAGUUGCUUUUAUACUUACAAGACCAUCAGGCUUGAUUGAGCUGUUUUGUCUUGUAGUAAUGUGGUGCCUGACUGUAACACAUAUUUGAGCAAUACAUGUCAUUGAGAAAUAAAUAUAUUUUAUAACAUAUUUUUGGGGUCAGUAGGUGCCCAACAUAACAACAGGUGGUGGUGUGUUGGACAUAGUCACACACAAAUUAUAUAGAGGUCUAUAGAGCCUGUUUCAAUUGCUGUGCUGAUCAAUGGGUAGUUCAUUACCUCUGUCAAAUGAAUAUGUAGCUUAAAGUUGUGUGUAUUUGAAUUUAUUUUUGCAAUAAAGAUGGUGACGCUACAAUAAUACACAUUUACAAAAGGUCUAUAAAUAUAUACAAUGAGUAUACCAAACAUUAGGAACACCUUCCUAAUAUUCAGUUGCACCCUCCCAUUUUGCCCUCAGAAUAGCCUCAAUUUGUCAGGGCAUGGACUAUACAAGGUGUUGAAAGUAUUCCACAGGGAUGCUGGCCCAUGUUGACUCCAAUGCUUCCCACAGUUGUGUCAAGUUGGCUGGAUGUCCUUUGGGUGGUGGACCAUUCUUGAUACACACGGGAAACUUUUGAGCGUGAAAAACCCAGCAGCUUUGCAGUUCUUGACACAAACCAGUACGCCUGGCACCUACUACCAUACCCCAUUUAAAGGCACUUAAAUAUUUUGUCUUGGCCAUUCACCCUCUAAAUGGCACAGAUACACAAUCCAUGUCUCAAGGCUUAAAACUUUUUUUAACCUGUCUCCUCCCCUUCAUCUACACUGAUUUUGAAGUGGAUUUAACAAGUGACAUCAAUAAGGGAUCAUAGCUUUCACCUGGAUUCACCUGGUCAGUCUAUGUCAUGGAAAGAUGAAUGUUUUGUAUACUCAGUGUACAUACAGACUAAUGAUAUAUACCCUCACCGGCCAGUUUAUUAGGUACACCACCUCGUUCACGAAAAUGGAUUGCUCCUAAUAUUUGAUUUAGUGCAUAGCCACCUCAAUAUUUGCAGCCGUAGGUGAUCAUUUAUUUCUAGGAGAAUGAUCCGUCACCAGUAUCUAAUUUGAAGGUAAGAUUUGAAUGGAGAACGCUGAUCUGAGAGCAGCACAGCCUUUCUUUCGAUCCUGUCAGUAUCGACACAUGCUCCAACAACGUACUUAUUGAAAGUUCUCCCUACGUGGUGUUUUGGGAAAAGCAUGUGAGUUCUUUGGCCGUUAUAGAAACAAUGCAUGGUUAAAACACUGUAAGCAAAGUUCCAUCGCUAUGGGAAACCGGGCCCUGGCUAUUACUUCAUAGAUAUGGCUAUUUGCAUUUAUGCAAAACAUAUGGAUUCUCCCUUUAAAUAGGGGAGAGGGGUGAAUAUCAACAGCUGCUUUACAUUAAAGCACAUACAGUACCAGUUCCUAUAAGUGACUCAAAGUACUGAAUAAGUUGGCUGAGAGCGUUUGGUGAGACAUUUUUUUGCCCCCAGACGCCGAUCCAGUUUCGUCAUUGUAGAUGGCAACUUCUCACUAAGGGGACCUACGCCGAUAUCUUUUGGAUGUAUUUUUUGGGUUGUGUCUGGACCGGCCAUCUUUUAUUUUGUUGCGGUCCGGACCGGCCUUGAUUUCAAUGUCCACGGAUGGGACUCCCUAAAAGCACGCCACUUCGAUACAAGUGACUUUUCAUAGCAGGUUAGGAGAGCAUUUUUGCUAACCCUCCGGACUGGACCAAAUCUGAACCUAUCAUUGACAUCUAUGUUUCACAAGUUUGGACAACACAAUACAGUACAGUAGAGUAGUUGUUCUCAUACCUCUUCAUGGGGACCCCAGGACGUUCCAUGUAACUGAUCUAUUCCAGAGCUAGAACACCUGAUUCAACUGGUCAACUAAUCCUCAAGCUCUUGAAUAGCUAGUUCAGAGCUACAGCAACAUUGUGAAACAUUUUGGGGGUUACCCAAGGAGAGGUUUAGCCAUUCAGGUCACCUUGUAGUUGUUUACCUAACCUUUAUUCAACAAGGAAGUCCUGUGCACUGUUGAUGUAUCCUACACCAGUACAGACGUGAGGAGUGUUUAAUAAGGAUAUGACUGCAUGGCCUUGCUAGUUUUGUUGUGAUAAGAUCAGGUAGGGAGGGGUUUAGGCUUCAAUGGACCAUUUUUUUCCGUUUACAGUGCUAUAAAGUACACUAUAUAUACAAAAGUAUGUGGACACCCCUUCAAAUUAGUGGAUUUGGCUUUUUCAGCCACACCCGUUGCUGACAGGUGUAUAAAAUCGAGCACACAGCCAUGCAAUCUACAUAGACAAACAUUGGCAGUAGAAUGGCCUUACUGAAGAGCUCAGUGACUUUCAAGGUGGCACCGUCAUAGGAUGCCACCUUUCCAACAAGUCAUUUCGUCAAAUUUCUGCCCUGCUAGAGCUGCCCUGGUCAACUGUAAGCGCUGUUAUUUUUACAACUGAGGACAGCCUGCAGGCGCCCUGCCCACCACACAGAGUCUCUAGAGCACGAUGAGCCAAGUAAAGCCCCUCCGGCCAAACCCUCCCCUAACCCAGAUGACGCUGGGCCAAUUGUGCGCCGCCCUAUGGGACUCCCGAUCACAGCCGAACCCCGGUCUGUAGUGACGCCUCUAGCACUGCGAUGCAAUGCCUUAGACCACUGCGCCACUAGGGAGGCCUAAGCGUUGUUAUUGUGAAGUGGAAACGUCUAGGUGCAACAACGGCUCAGCCGCGAAGUGGUAGGCCACACAAGCUCACAGAACGGGACCGCCGAGUGCUGAAGCAAGUAGCACGUAAAUAUAGCCUGUCCUCCAUUGCAACACUCACUACCGAGUUCCAAACUGCCUCUGGAAGCAACGUCAGCACAAGAACUGUUCAUCGGGAGCUUCAUGAAAUGGGUUUCCAUGGCCGAGCAGCCGCACACAAGCCUAAGAUCACCAUGCGCAUUGCCAAACGUCGGCUGGAGUGGCGCAAAGCUCGCCACCAUUGGACUCUGGAGUAGUGGAAACGCUUUCUCUGGAGUGAUGAAUCACGCUUCACCAUCUGGCAGUCCGACGGACGAAUCUGGGUUUGGCGGAUGCCAGGUGAACACUACCUGCCUGAAUGCAUAGUGCCAACUGUAAUGUUUGGUGGAGGAAGAAUAAUGGUCUGGGGCUGUUUUUCAUGGUUCGGGCUAGGCCCCUUAGUUUUAGUGAAGGGAAAUCUUAACGCUACAGCAUACAAUGACAUUCUAGAUGAUUCUGUGUUUCCAACUUUGUGGCAACAGUUUGGGGAAGGCCCUUACCUAUUUCAGCAUGACAAUGCCGCCGACUGCGACCCAGGCCUAAUCGGCCAACAUCUGUGCCCGACCUCAUUAAUGCUUUGUGGACUGAUGGAAGCAAGUCCAUGCAGGAAUGUUACAACAUCUAGUGGAAAGCCUUCCCAGAAGAGUGGAGGCUGUAUAGCAGCAAAGGGGGGACCAACUCCAUAUUAAUGCCCAUGAUUUUAGAAUGAGAUGUUAGACGAGCAGGUGUCCACAUACUUUUGGUCAUGUAGUGUAUUUCACAACAUAACAAAGAACAUUACCGAAGAGAAAUGCUCCAGUUUUCCAAUAAACCUCAUACCUGUGUGUGUGUUUGUGUGUGUGUGUGUGUGUGUGUGUGUGUGUGUGUGUGUGUGUGUGUGUGUGUGUGUUUUUCUUCUAUGUUUGAACAGGGGGGAAAGGAGUACAUGAUGAGGGCUCACUUUGGUCUGCCUAGUGUGGAGAGUACUGAGUUGGAGGGGAGAAGGCCCAUCACUGUCAACUUUGAGAUCCCCUAUUUCACUGUAUCUGGUAUCCAGGUAAGCUAACAGAUCCCCUAUCAAUGAACCCUAGUAGAGCCAGGUAUGAGUUCCAUCUAAUAGGGCAUACAGGCUGGAAGGAGCUGACUCACGUGUGCGUGUGUGUUAGUGCGUGUGUCAGGGCCGGCGCCAGAACGAAUCAGUUGGACGGGCCUUUGAUUUCCAUAGGCGGGCACGUUUUUCCAUAGGCGGGCACUUUUCUCCACGGGACCUCCUAUGUGUGCACGCGUUCACCAUGUUUUCAAUUGGUGUAACAGUAGAGACAAUAAGGCAGUUCGUGAGUUUCAAGUUCGGGGAAGCUUACACUUUAUCCUACCAUUUCCACUGAUCUGCUUGGCAGUUAUGAUUAUUUUUACAUGCGCAUUUUUUGUGGAAGAGUUUAAUUUCAAUAAUAAUGUUUUCGUUUUUCAAAAUCAUUGUCACGUGGUUAAUCAUAAAAAUCAAAAGUAAAAUUAUACAAAUGUAAAAGUUCAAAUUCAACAAUGGCGAGAGCACCAGCCUCUGCCAUAUGGACACAUUAAUACACUGUGAUCCAUUGGCGGCUAAAGAAAUGAGAGCAUAGAACUCAGAGAUAGCCUAUAGGCCAAUGCAGCAGUAGGCCUAUAACUUCCAUCGUCAACUAAGUAAAAUACAUAGGCCUAAAGCCGACAAAUAAAAACAGUAGAAAAUAUCCUGAUAAAAAUUCAGGUUCUUUCAAUAUCCUGAUAAAAAUUCAGGUUCUUUCAAUCACAUUCAUCUCUCCUGUAGCUCAGUUGGUAGAGCAUGGCGCUUGCAACGCCAGGAUUGUGGGUUCGAUACCCACGGGGGGCCAGUAUAAAAAAUGUAUGCACUCACUAACUGUAAGUCGCUCUGGAUAAGAGCGUCUGCUAAAUGACUUAAAUGUAAAUCUCUCUACUCCACCUGUCUGCCUCCCUUUCUAUCUGUCUUGACUUGAGCUAUUGCCAGUGAAGUCCAACAUUGUAUCAAAUCAUCACUGGGUCUGGUAGCUAGUGUGGUAUCUAAAUAAUGAUGCUAAUUAUGCUGUGAGGACAAGAAAUCCGCUGACACUGUCCUUGAUUAUAAUAGUUUAUUAUACCAAAGAUUUCAGCGCCAGUUUACAGACUCCUGCAGACAUCUGGAGAACAACUGACCCAAUCUCUAAUAUGUUGUUCCUCCCCGUCCUUUGUUUCAACCAUGGUAUUUAUAUCCUAUGCCCUAUGUAACAUAAUAUGGGUGUUUUCCCAUAAACCAAUCCUGGGAGGCCACAUAACAGACUUCCUCUAACACACCAUUUGCAAACAUCAGCAAAGACAUAAACUGUUUAUACACUACACUAGCGAACUUGCAACAUUGUAUCAACUAGCCUAUUCUGGGCCCUCAGUGUUUCCUGCGCCAGUGAGCUCGGGACAGAUAGCUCUUUUUUUAAAUGUUUUUUUUAUUAAUGAAAUGUUGUUCUUUCACACCGAGGCUUGGCAAUUAUCGAGGUGUUGGAAAGAUAGUUCCUUAGUAUUUGAACAAUAAUUCGCAAUGGAUGUUAAAAAACACGUGAGGCGAAUACAAAAUAACUGAAAAGCUCAGCUUAUUAGUGGUGUAUGUGGUGAGUUAAGACAAUCAGAAAAUCAACAUUGCCAAAUGGGCACUUUCCUACAUAUGCAUUCUGCAGAGAGACACACCAUAUCUUCGCCACACACCCCUCCCCUUCUUCUUGAUGCAACAUUUCAAUGAUACUCAAGACACAUUAUCUUCACACAUAUUUUAGAUGCUUUUCACUGAAAGCCGAAACUCAAUCAGCUAGACCUAUUGCUACGCGCACUACCCAAAUUGCGGGCUUCCCAUACACACUUGUGAUUUGAAAUAAACCACAGCUAUUUUUCCAAAAGAAGCUAAUGAUCCUCUGUGGCUAAGUCAUGCUCCUCGGUUUAGUAUUUUGAAUGAUUUUCUUUAGACAGGAGUAAUUAUAUAAUUUUGGCGAAACAUCAAUUUACUUUAGGGCAAUCCAGCAUCCUAACAGGGCACUGUGCUCCCGCCAACUUUCCUUUCCAAUUCGCAAGAGGCUGAAACCAGAGAUCUGUAUAUAAUUUCAAGAUGCUCAUGUCUCCACCCUAACAAUGGGAGUCUUUGUCCCAAAGGCGGGAAGGCAGAUCAAUCUUAGGUCUGCAUAUUAUUCCCAUAGAAACACAUUGGGCCACAUGCCAUACUAUUUUGGUCCAGACAGCAUCAGAUAAAUGGUCUACACAUACAGAGACAGAGGGGUGCUGUUUCGCUCGCUCGGAUGCUUUAACUGAAAUUGAUGCGUCUUUCUGUCGGAGCGCGUCUCGGUCAAAUAAAUGAUAAAAUUUCAAUAUUUUAUUUGGACGGGCAAGGAGGUAUGGUAGGGCGGGCCAGGCCCCCUAAGGUCCGCCCAUAACACCGGCCCUGGCGUGUGUGUGUGUGUGUAAACUGUUCCUUGCUCCUCCUCAGGUACGCUAUCUGAAGAUCAUUGAGAAAAGCGGCUAUCAGGCCUUACCAUGGGUACGCUACAUAACACAGAGUGGAGGUGAGACACACACACACACACACACACACACACACACACACACACACCAUCCCGCCCCGCAGUGAACCCAGCUAUCAUAUCUAUUACCUCUCUCCUGAAGCUGGGGCAAGGGGGAUUUGAAUUAUGCCUUACUGCCAUUAGGUUCGCUGUGUCACUUGGCUCUGCAUACCAAGGUGGCUAUCACCUUUCCACUGUGAUCAGCAGAGGUAGAGAGAGAGAGAGAGGGAUGGAGGGAGAGAACGAGAGAGAGUGAAAGGAUGGGAGAGGUGUUGACUUAUUCAUAAGCGAGUUAUAAGCAGUCAUUGUAAAGCCAUAAUAACUACUCCACUGACCCCAAUGUGUAACUCAGUCACCCAGAGCCCCAACACUAAUUUUAACGUUAAUGUGACGCCACAGGACAGGGGCAAAGUGAUGAUGGAUAGAACAGUGUUAAUGUAUUGCUGUUAUAUCUUCACUUCUUGGCAGAUUAUCAACUCCGGACAAACUAAGGGCAAGCCUGCUGCUAGACGAAUUGAUCGUCACUCUCUCCCUCUCUCUGGCUCUCUGGGAGUGAGGGACAGCAGAGGACAAGGAAAUGGGAACAACUUUCACCACUGUCAAUUCUCAAAGGAAAAGGUAGCCAUCUUGCACACUCUGCAGAGGACCUUCAAGACUCCAUUUCCCUUUAGAACUGUCACCUUCGACCUUUGCUUUGUUACAUCAUCUGGAGAAACAUGUUGAAUAAUGAACGUAGGGGUUUUCUUAUUGGUCACAUUGUAACAUUUGUAUAGUUGUAUUUUCUUCUGGACUAAUUCACGACAUGAUGAUCUCAUCAUUGAAAGUGUACAUUGAAACCUGUGACAUUGAAACCUGUGUACAGCACUAAUAAAAAAGUUUAUCUGCUUGGUGUGGGUGUGGAUGCUAUCGGUUGACGUUAUCUGGAGUCAGCUGUAAGCAUAUAAUCCCCACCGUGUCCAAGAGAUUAACACCAAGAUAGCCAAAUCAAUGAUUAAUAGGCCUGCAUAAUAUCAGCCGCUGUUUAUUACAAUAUUGUCGUCACAGUUCCUAGACUUGUGCUUGUACUCAGCUGACAACUAUUGAGCAAAAGACUGAAGGAAUUCUCUGUGUGCAGAUCACAAUGAUAUAGUGUUUCUAACAGUCUUGUGAUACAGACACAUUUAACGCCUCCAGGAAAUGCCAUGAUCAAAAUGAGUAAACCCUCAAUAAGGUGGUCCGAUAUGAAGAGAAAGUGGACAUAUCUAUGUCAAUGUGUGAAAAUCUAUGCCAAUGUGUCUCCACCAAACAAACACCCAACUUUUCCAAAGCAGGUGUUGGUUGGUAUGGUUACAGUAGUCUGUUGUGCCUGCAAUGCACCACCCCUCAUAUCAGUUCUAGUUCUCUCUCUGCCAGGGUAAUAGCUCGGGUUCUCUCUGCCAGGGGAAUAGAGUAGAAAGGUUCAGCCCAGAUUAAACAGCUAAAAUCAAAUCAACUUCAAAUGUUAUUGGUCACAUA